GACAGGCAGCCAGCGGCCAAGAAGAUAAUCGUGCUGCGCGCCCCAUCACUCUCCGAGAGAGCGAGCCGACGAAAGCCAGAGGAAAAUCAGAGUUUUCCUUCGCCUUUGGCCGAUAAGACGCGCGAGCGAAUUUUCCGCGUUCAGUGCGUUUCGUGCGUGCGUGCGUGACAGAUGGCGUCGGUCGCAGUAGUCGGUCGUCGGUGGUGAUCGUUUUGUGAAGAGCCACCUUUGAUUUUCCCUCCCCGUGAAGCCAGCUUUUUAACCCCAGCCGAAUUCUUCUUCGACAGUUUGCCAGACAAAAGCCAGCGCGUCGCAUUAAAAUUAACGAAAAGGAAAACACACAGAAAAAAAUGAAAUGAAAAUGUGACUCUCAAUUUGCCACCCGAUUCAGUUAGUUAGAGUGUGAGUGUGUUUGUGAUAGCGCAGAUUAAUUCGAAUUGUUUUAAAAAUAAGUGCAUCAUACAAAGUGUGUAACAAGUGCAACCUAAGAAAGAGGAAAAAGCUGCGGAAAAUCUGCGAAAGAAAAAUCGACCAAACAACCACAGAUAGAGAGAAAAAAGAUAAUAAUCACAUUGGAAGUGUGCAAUCAGCAAUUUGCCAGGAAAAUUCAAUCGUUUAAGAGGAAAACGAAGGAAAACGUUCUUCAAACAGUGAACAAGUAACAAGUGAGAAGUGUGUAAAUAGAGCUCGCUCGAAUUUGUCACUGUCUUGUCUAUCGGAGAGGAAGCAAGAAGAAAAGAAAAAGAUGUCCACCUCGUCGAUUGGGCGGCAGGAGGAGGAGCGGAAGCCGCUGAUGGAGGAGUUCUACCGGCAGCGGCGGAUCCUGCUCGGCUGCACCCUGCUCGUCGGCGUCGCCGUGAUAGUGUGGAUCAUUGCCAUCUCCACCGAUCGCUGGUUCCUGGUGACAGGUGGUCAAGGAAUCUUCAUACCGGAAACCAGACGCUACUUCAAAUCGUCCCACUCGGGGCUGUGGAAGAUCUGCCGGUACGGCGUGACGCCCACCAUCCUGCCCCAGUCGAACGCGACGCGGAACUUCACCACCCUGUCGUACAUCCGGGAGGACCGGAUCGCCAACAUGCGGACGACGCUCGCCAAGGAGGACUACAUCCGGGACUUUGGCGCGACGGAGCUGCGCGUGGACAACCUGACCGACAUCGACGACAACUUCCGGCGGCACCUCUUUUCGGCCUGGAUCCUCGACGAUAAGGCCCGGUUCGAGGCGCUCAAGGGCGUGUACCACGAGCUGACGGCACGGCACAGCCAACAGGAAUCGGUUUCGGUGCAAAAGCUCAAGAAUCCCCCGCUCAUGAUGCUGGAUCCGACCGACGUGGGAUCGCUCAAGGAGCGGGUGGGCGUGGCCGGUGCCCUCACAACGCUCACGAUCAACUCGACGGAAGUGACUGUGCUGGUGCCGCAACCCCUGCGGGAUGCCCUGUUUGACGAGUGGGAAACCAAGGCCGGCGUCAUCUACCUGCUGUGGGCCUUCUCCAAGGCGAUGGCCAUCGAUCCGUUCAUCCAGAGUCCGGACGGGACCAAGUACAUCAUCCAGCCGCCGCUCCCGCCGAAGAAGGGUCGCAUCGCGUCCGGAUACGAGUACGUUCCGUUCAAAAAAUGUAAACUGCACGAUCUCUUCCCGACCGAGGAAACCAUUCGCCAGGACCCGUCCAUAGACGACGAAAUUCUAGGAGAAGGUCGUCAUCAUGAUCCAUGGUCUGAUGAGUUUGAGUCCGAAGAUUACAGCCGCACGGAAGCAUCGUUCGCCUGCAUCACGCUCUUCAUCAUGGUGAUGGGCUUCGUCUUUUCCGUCUACACGUUCUUGAACCCGCGCUACAUGUUCAAGCGAUUAGCAGGUGGCAUCCAUUUCAUCUCGGCUGCCACCAGUAUCGUCGUGAUUCAGGUGCUGAUAGCGUCCGUCGAGUACGAGAAGGAAAACAUAUCUUACACUUUCCCGAAGGGUGCCAAAUACAGCUACGGUUACGGCUUCUACCUGGCCUGGUCCGUGUUUCUGUCCAAUCUGUACGCCGGGCUAGCCUUCAUGUGGUACUCGAAGAAGAAGAAGGGCAACAAGGCCGCCACCGAGGAGCUGGGAAUGGCCGACGAACCGAUCAACAUUGGACGAUAAGCUUCCUUUUUUUCGAUAUGCCGUUGAUGACCACGCCAAAGCUUGCGGAAGAAGAAAUUAAUGAUAAUAAUUAUACAAUUUAACGAAUGAUAAUCAAGAUCUUUAGGUGUUAAACUGAGAGAAAGAAGAAAAUUGUACAUUUUGUGGCGCUUUUUUCUUUUCCCCUCAAAUGUACUUACUACUAUAUUCUAAAAUGAUGCUAAAUUCCCCUCCAAAAUCUACUAAAUGUGUGUUACUGCAGUGGAGAUAAGCGUUAGGAGUGUGCAAAGACAGAUUUUGUAAAUAUGUUCUCUCUCUCUCUCGUUUUUGUUAGAAUAAGCUAGGCAACCGGCCUUCGCAAGCGAAUAUCAAAUCAAUAUGGUUGACGAACGGAAAUGAUGUAGAAAAUGUAACGAUAAGAUCGAAGAUCGGCGGACAUGGUGGAAAUGAAUCAACACUAAGACAUUUGUUUAAUGACACAGCGUUUACUUCGAGGCGAUAAUCUUUUAUGUGAAUCUUCAAUUUGUUAUACUUUUUUUUCUAACUGUUACGAGAAAUAAAAUAAAA